AUGUUGAAUGAAUGGAUUAAAAACAAUGCUGCUGAAUUUGAUAUUCGAAAUGGGAAAUUAAUUGAAAACGAAGACUUUCGACUUUCAAUUGGUGGUAAUGACUCUGAUAUAUCAACAUCUAUAUCAUGUUCAUGUGGAAUUAAUAUUCAAUUGGGCAGUAUUCAUGGAAACAUUUCCUUGAGUAAUUAUUAUAAACAUUUGAAAUCAAAGAAUUGUAUUAAAAAGAAGAAAAUAUCAAAACACGUUAAUGAUAAAUCGAACGAAAUUGUCGAACAAGCAUCGUCUGAUGCUGAAAGGCCACAAAAUAAUUCAAUUUCUGAAGAUAUACAAUGUUUAGCAUCAACUGUUUCUAUUGAUAAACCUGCAACCAUGAGUAAAUUAUGUAAACGAACAACUGAUCAAGAUAAUAAUAGUUUCUCGAAAAAAAAACGUGUUUAA